CGACACCGGUAAGCAACAAAGUGGCGGCGCCCAUCCCUCCACCUCCACCUCCCUUCCUCCUUCCAUCUCGUACCACACGAGACAAGACAAUCGCUCGCUCUCGCGCCACGCCACCGCAGGGCUCAGGCCAAUCCAAAAAGGCAGCGGCCACCUAGCGCGCAUCUUCCUCCUCCCCUCCCAUCUCAUCUCUUGUUCCGCGCCACGCAGGCAUGAGCUCCUUCUUGUCAGCGCCGCGAGAGAACGACGGGAGGAGCCACGUCCGGCAGGGCAAGAAGAAGGACGAGGAGCCGGUGGAGCGCGCCCCGGCGCUCGACCUGCUCGACGACUACUGGUUCUUCAGCAACUCCCUCGGCGGCGGAAGGGACGACGCCGCCAGGGGGAGGACCAGGCCGCCGCUGCUGCCCAAGUCGCCGUCCACGUCCUCGGCCGGUGCGGCCAAGGCGCAGGACGCUUCCGGGUCCCGGAGGCUCCUCCGGACGCCGUCGCUCCCGGCGCCUCGCAUCGGGAUGAAGGACGAGGAGGAGGUGGUGGUGCAAGAGGGCGGCGGCCAUCAGCAGGAAGCCGAGGUGGAGGACGAUGAGAUGAACUGGAGCAAGAUUUACGAGGGCGUCCUGCGCACCAGGAUCGCCGAGGAAGGCGGCAGGUCGUCGGCGCUCAACCGGGCGCCGUCCAUGCCGGUCACGUCCUACACGGCCAUGGGCGACGCCAACGGCCGCCGGCCCGCCGGGGUCACCGCGUCAACGCCGAGCAUGCCCAGGCUCAGGCACUCCCACAGCACGCUCGAGAGGCACUACCGCUCGCACACGCCCACCAAGCCUGACCGGACGCCGAGGAUGGCAGGCGGCAGACCGGAGCGUGGCCCGCCGCGGCGCGACCUCCGAUCGUUCAGCGCGAACCAGCAGCCGGCCCUCGUCCGGGACAAGAGCAGCCUACAGGACAAGAUGUGGAAGAGCUCGAGCGCGCUGGAGUCGAUCGAGGUGCAGGGGUUCAAGGACCUGGGCUUCGUGUUCGACCAGGAGGAGCUGAGGGAGAGCCUGGCGGACGUCCUCCCGGGCCUCCGCGACGACAAGAUCACCAACAAGCCCCACAAGAGCUCUGUCUCCGGCUCCGUCUCCGGGUCAGGCAGCGCCAGCGACAACGACGACUCGACGACCGUCAACAACGCCAACGGAAUCGGCAUCGGCACCAGCAAUAGCAACGACGACGGGGUCGUGCGGCGGCCGUACCUGUCGGAGGCGUGGCAGCACGGGGCGCGGUCGGCGCCCCCCACGGCGGCGGCGGCGAUAAGGCUGCAGCAGGCGGACGCGAGGUCCGCGGCGGAGAUGAAGGACCAGAUACGCAUGUGGGCGCAGGCCGUCGCGUGCAACGUCCGACAAGAGUGUUAAAUGGCCGCCGGCGGCGCCGCCGCCUUGCUUGCUUCGUCCUGCACAAACCACGCCCACAGGCAGCAGAGGGAGAGGCCAUCAAGAUUGAGAAAACCACACCCACACUGCGUCCGAUGAUAUGAUAUGAUAUGAUAUGACACUCCGAAUUUUGUUACUUUUGCCUCCGCGGAAUAUACUUAGUUAGUAGUAGCUGUCCAAUGCUCUCCCAUGAUCGAUUUCUGGAAUAAAAACCUGUGGAAAUCACCCUAUUCUUUC